GCUGCAGCCACGAUUGGGCUGGCCGCGAGAUACGGAAACCGAAACUGAAGCCGAAAUUAAAAUUGAAAUUGAAAUUGAAAUCGAGUUUAAACUGAAUUCGAAAUUGAAGCUGAAAUUGAAUCAAAAAAUUAAAAUACAAAACAAAAUUGAUAUCUUUGACUGGCGUCUGCCUUUCUACGCUCGAACGUGCAAAGUUUUUGUAAUUAGUCGCAUAUUGAACAACAUCGUUGAGUUGUUUGCCGCAACACUGAAUAAAGCCACAAUCAAAAUCGAAACAACAACAAAUACCAGGAGAGAAAACAACAAAAACACAAGAGCUCAAUUCGAUUUCAAGCAGCGAUCUAAAUCGCUCGAGUUCAGUGCGAAUUUGAAAAUUGUUUAUGUGAAAAGUCGAUUCGAUUUGAUAAACCCAAUUAUUCUGAUUAACUAAAGCUCCAUAAUAAGUUUUGUUUUGAUGAGCGCAAGCAUUGAAUUCAUUUUUAUUUAUAAAUAAGCAAAGCGAUCAUUGCGGACACUCUUUGGGCACUUUCAGCUCAUCGGGCAAAACUGACAUCACGCAUCACGUCGCUGCCCAAACACAUUCGACUCAAUUGAAAUCAACUCUUUGUGUAUCUUAGGCAACGGAAUCGCAAAUACAAAUGCAAAUCGCCGACGCAAAGCCCAACGACGAAUGAAUUGACAAUGACAAAGAGUAUUAAACGUAUCAGUCUCCGUCUCGGUCUCCGCACUUCUAGUAGUUAUGGGGGUAUUCUCCUAUCCCAUGUGAUAUUAGCUUGUAUCUCAGCAGCGUUCAGCACGCCCCCCUCAUGCGGCCUAUACGGCGCGCCGCCUUGCCAAUUCCUGCCAGCGCCGCCGGGACAGACACCCAACUGCGCCAGGCCCGGCAAAACCUACUGCGAGCACGUCGCUAACUAUCCCACAUAUCUCAUUAAGAGUCUCGUACGCAAGUGGGGCUACGAGGCGGCCUCUUUGCUGGUCGACGAGACCUGGGAGGAAUUCUCGGCCGUUGCUUGGUCGGACACGCCCGUGUUCUACGACCCGAAGUCCAUAUUUCCGCAGCGCGAGUUUGCUAACGGGCAAGACUUCAACGGCUACAGCUAUCAGACGCCCUUUGGCGGUGUGCCACACGGCGGUGCAGGCAAUUCUCUCUUCGCAGCCAACCCCACAACAGAUGCGCCCACGUACCUACUGUACACCUCGUCGGGCAAUCGUGGGGGCUUUCGCACGGGCGGUCAGCAACACGGCGGACAGUCUGGAUCCGGCACUGGAACGAGGCAUUUGUACUACAGCAAUGGCAAGACGCCCUACAAUGCGACGCUCUGGUUGAAGCGUAUCGUGCGCGACUUGAGUCUUAAGCAGAAGGCCAUUCAGGCAGAUCAGUCAGAGAUGCAGCAGCUUAAGGAGCAGGCCGUGAAAAUGGUAAAGGAGGCGAGCGAACAGCAGGAGGUAGAGCGGAAGAAGGAUAAGGAGGAGGAGCGGGAGGAGCAGCAUAAACGCAGCAUGCGUGAUGUAUCGCUAAACAUGGAUCUCUUAGAUAUUGUGGGCGUCAGCGACAACAACAGCAAUACAAAACAUACGGACAAAUCCCGAAUCAAACGACAAAGUCCGUCGCGUUCCACACUUUGUGAAACGACAUCGCAGUUCAUAACACCGCAAGCUGCUCUCAAUUCCCGGGGCAAUUGGAUGUUUGUCGUAAACGAGGAGAACACCGCACGUCAGAUGGUCAAGGCGGAGCUUUGUGCCUCAAACACAUGCUCGAACCUGUGCGAUCUGCCCAAUGGCUACAAUUCCAGGUGCGAGCAGAAGUUUGUACAAAAACGUUUAAUAGCGCUUCAGGGCAACGGCCAAAAUCUCUACACGGACACGUUCUGGUUUCCCAGUUGCUGUGUCUGCACUAUAGCCGCCAAUUAGGCAGCCACGUACGUACUACGUAGCAGGAGCCAGAUGCACAACGACGACAGAGAUAGCAACAACAACAGCGACAGCGACAGCGAGAGCGACAGAGCGAAUCCUAUUCACACAUCCGAGUAGCCAUUCACUGUAUCGAGUAUUGAAAUUCGAUAUGAACACGAUUUUUGCAGCAAAUAAUUGAUAAUUAAAUUUUAAACAAGCACACACACAUGCACACUGUCAUAUGCAUACCCACACACACGCCCAA